GUCUGAAAAUGAAUAUUUUCCCAGGAUCGCCGAUAGGGGGUGGGGGAUGUUCGAGCCCCUAACGGUCUACCUCCAUAAUCCUGCUGUUCAGCCGCUACAGAGUCUGGAUGCAACCAAGAAAAUGAGGCUCUGAAGUCGUUCUGGAACUUUAUAAUAAGCCCUGGGUCUUCGGGAACUGAUGAUCAGCUGGACGUAUCAUCCAAGAAGAAAAACAGAUGAUCUCGACAUCAGACCUUGCUACUUUAGUGUUUGAUCCAUAUAUCCGAGACCUCCCUUGCGCCCAUGGAGCACAUCGCAGUUAAUCAUGGGGCAUCUAUCGAAGCCUGGGUGCGAGUACAGUGCCAAACAGAUCUCCUGAAGGGACAGCUCAGUCCACCUGAGAAUUUCGAGGAGUUCUACUCCUUCCCAGAGAACUGUGGCUGGAAAGUUGGCAACGACUUCAAGAUUCAGCCAUUGGGCAAGGGAAAGCAGACAAACCUCGCUGUGUUCCUGCAAGGCUGGCUGUUCUUUGGACUGGCAUUCACUGUUGUUCAAGAAGGAGGGAAACCAAAUAUGGGCCUCAAAGACUUGACCACUUCGACAUAUUUGUCUACCAGGUGUCUCAACAAGAAGCUCGAUGCUUGGUCGACCUGGGAAAAGAAGAACCUCGAUGGACUGAAAUUCCGCAUGAUUCAAGUUGGAUGGGCCCUUGACCUUGCACGCCAGGUGCUACGCAAGAACUGUGCCUACAUUAAUGAUAGAGUUGAAUACGAUGAUGACAUUGAGGACCCGCUACACAUCGACGACAAGCACGCAUUGGUGCUCAUGUGUCUCGGCGAAACUUUAUCCGAGGCCAAAGCCAAUAUCAUGGCAUCACAGGGAGCCAGAGUCAAGUUAGACGGAUGGCAUGCUGAUGAUCAUGCUGGAUGGGGGCCUCCAAGAUUCGUUUUCCAGGCGAUGACGAAGGAUGGAUGGUGCCGGCGGGCCAUGCAACUUCUCAAAGGCCAGUUAAGCUCAAAUGCAACCAUGCUGAUCGCAGCAUACUACGCAUAUCAUGGCUCCUCACGCAUGGAUGAGAAUCACGAAAAGUGCACUGCAGAGGAGUGCAGGUUCAACCCCAAGGACUAUACAAAACACAUUCUGACAUGCACAAACUGCGACCCGUUAGGACCAUCCCAGGAAGCGAUCAUGCAGAUCCUGGAAGAGGACGGUGACGACAUUCCGCUGCUUCAUUUCCGCAAAGACCCUUUCCGCCUUGAAGUCGUACGGUUCCGGCCCAAAGAGGACGAUGACAAAAUCGACUUUGUCGCAAUAUCGCAUGUAUGGUCAGACGGAUGGGGCAACGAAGACAAGAAUGAGCUGUACACUUGUCAGUUACAAUUCAUACAAAGGCAAAUUCAGAGAGCAAUUGGCCCCGAAACGUCAGACGUUCCAUUUUGGAUGGACACACUCAUCGUGCCAGUCGGCCCCUCUGUCAAACAACACCUCAAAAGAAAGGCCAUCCGGCAAAUAUUUGAAGUGUUUGAGAAAUCGAAAUACACUAUCGUUCUGGACAACGGAUUGAAAGCCAUGAAUAGGGGAAAGCCAGACAAUCCUGCUGAAGCUGCCAUGAGAAUUCUGUCCAGCGUGUGGAUGCGGCGACUGUGGACACUUCAAGAAGCAUAUUUGAGUCGCCAAAUACUAAUUCCAUUUGAGGAAGGCGAGAAGAACACGAACAAUCUGGUAGCGCUCGACGCUCUCGAGGGGGAGCUGCGCAGGGUCACUGAGGGCCCCACGUCAGGCGUCAUCAGACUGAUUAAGGACCACUUGUCCCAUAUCAUGAUGGGAGAAGAGCGUCAGUACAGAAAGAACGGACUAGGCGACUUUCUGAAGAAGAACCCUGCCAAUGCUGCUACUGUUGUGGCCAAUGCAUGGCGUGCAGCCCGAUGGAGAUCUACCAGCAAGGCAGAACACGAAGUGCUGGCGCUAGCUACACUUUUGAAUCUCAACUACAAAAACACAGAGAUCGAAAACGCUGGACUGAUCGAUCCUAGCCAAGGCAAGGGGCGAAGAGUCCCGGACGGACUAGAGAAACUGGCGGUGGAAUUUUGGAACUUGGUCCAACAGCAGUAUAAUGGAUCCAUUCCAUCAGGAAUGAUAUUCCUACCAGGCGAGAAGCUAAACUGCAAGGGAUUCGGCUGGGCUCCGAAAACCUGGCUGUCUGCACACGAAAUCAACUAUCCGGACCCUCUGAAAGUUUGGAAGCAGGCUACUGUUUUGGACAGGGCCAAUGGGCUCAAGGUCCAGUAUCCUGGCUUCCUUCUAUAUCCUGACUCAACCAAGACUCGUGGACAUAUACUUGGAACUACAGUAAAAACAGAUUUCAAAGGGCGGGAGGCCAAGUUCUCCUUCCCAGUCGACCGCAGUCUCAACGAAUGGUAUAGCUUCAAGCCGGCGGACGAGAGAAACAGCGACCAGCUUGACAGAUUACAAGCGGCAGAAUCAACACUUGCCAUAAUCCUGUCGGGACCACAGCCGAGAGAGUGGCCAAGGGAGAUUGCCCUGCUUGUUGAGGUUGUAGGUGAAAAUUCCGAAGCCCAAGGCGGCCGGGAAACCUUGGUGUACCACACGCACAUCAUUCGUCGAGUCCUGAUCUGGAGGGAGGCAAGCUACCUGAACACUGACAGGGAAAGAUUGAGAUGUAAGUCAGGGGUCUUCCAGGACUCUGGUGAGCGGAAUGUGUGUCUUGGGGAGAUGCUUGGACCUACGCAGUCAUGGUGGGUCGACGGAUAUGUUACCAAGCCGAAUCUCCCAAUGGAAGAGGACAUGACGGAUAUGAAUGACCAAGAAGACCUUAGUGAUAUGUCUAGAAAGCACCAGAUGGUUUACAACCAGCGAUCAAACAUCGUAAUGAGUCUACUGGGGUGGGUAACCUGGCCAAGGCAAGAUGCAACUCCACAGUCGAUGCCGAAUCGCGAGUUGGAGGAAGUGCCCCAACACGAAUGGACGACGCCGUCUGUUAUAAUGUCAGGAACCGCUAUAGGGAGGAGACUGUAUCAUACGCUCACCAUGUAGACAGAUGCACGAGUUGACAAGUUGGUAAAUCUUUUGCUGGUAAACUUCCAAAUUCCCAUACUCAUCCUCAUUUUGGAUUCAUCAUACCUUGAUGACGUAGCUCGGAGCUAGUUAUAAAC